UAAGUAUUUCACGGCCACACCCACGCCACAUGCGACACCCAAAUACCCAAUAAAUGUCCGAAGCAGCACGCCACGAUACAUGCCUUAUGCUUCCUUCAUCUUCUGAUUGAAGAUUGUUUCAGAUAGAACCUGCAAUGGCUGCCGUUGAAGCAACGAAGCCCCUUCAAGACCGAGUGGCCAUCAUCACCGGCGCCUCCCGGGGGAUUGGCCGCGCCGUCGCCCACCACGUUGCCUCCCUGGGCGCAAAAGUCGUCCUCAACUACACCUCCAGCUCUAGCUCCUCCCACGCCAACCUCCUCGCCGCCGAAAUCAACAAUCCCAGAUCCGCCCCUUCUUCCCACCAUCUAAGGGCCGUCUCCUUCCAAGCCGACGUAUCCGAUCCUGCCCACGUCGUAGCCCUCUUCGACCACGCCGAGCAGACCUUCCAAACCCAACCUCAUAUUCUCAUCCACGUCGCCGGCGUGGUCGACUCCAAAUACCCCACCCUAUCCAACACCGCCGUCGAAGACUUCGACUCCACCUUCAACGUUAACACCCGUGGAACCUUCCUUUGCUGUCGGGAAGCAGCAAAUCGGUUGGUUCGCGGCGGUGGGGGUCGGAUUAUAUGCUUCUCAUCCUCCUUGGUUGGAGCGCUCAGGCCUGGGUAUUCAGCUUAUGCUGCGUCCAAGGCGGCGGUCGAGACGAUGAUAAAGAUAUUAGCGAAAGAACUUAAGGGGACUGGCAUCACUGCCAAUUGUGUGGCGCCGGGUCCUAUAGCGACGGACAUGUUCUUUGCAGGGAAGACCGAAGAGAUUAUACAAAGGGUGAUUGAUGAGUGCCCUCUGAGUCGACUUGGUGAGACCAAAGACGUUUCUCCGAUUGUCGGAUUCUUGGCCAGCGAUGCCGGCGAGUGGAUUAAUGGACAGGUGAUUCGGGCUAACGGCGGUUAUGUAUAAACUAGCGCUCUCGAGAUCCUUCUUUCACUACUCUAUUUUGGGCUUUUGGGUGCGACUGUGAGCUACCUGGUUGGUUCUACACGAAUAAGAAUGCCGUGCAUCUCGUUGGCACAUUUUGUCGAACGGCUUGUACGUUAUCAGGUUACAAGCAAGAUUUUUUGUCUAACAUUUUGUGAUUUCAUUUGUAAAUGAACUUUACAUUGGUAAUGCGUAUGGAGAAAGGAAAUGGGAAGUUUUCAAAAUGGUUUUUUUUUAAAUCUGUAUCAAAGGAAUGUAUGUGUUGUGUAAGGAGUUUGUGAGUUAUGACUUGUGGGUAUUGUAAGAACUAAGAACUAUGGGGCCACAAGGGUUGUGAAAUUCUCAAUUAUAGUGGAUUACAUUAAAUCAGUUUUGAGUCCAUA